GGCUGCAGCCGGGUCCGCGCGGGCCGAGCCGUGUCCUUUAUGCACCGCGAUGCGUCCGAGCUAAGAGCCAGGCCCAGGAUGGGGGGCACUCGGGGGUGGGCCUCUGGCCUGCUCAUGCUCCAGGCGCUGCUCUUAGUCACGGCGGAAACCGGCACCCAGAGCAGCAGCACAGACAAGGGCCUUCACCUGCAGAAGCUGGGCCCAGGGCCGGUGCGGGCCGCGCUGGCCGAGCUUGUGGCCCUGCCCUGCCUCUUUGCGGUGCAGCCGAGGCCCGACGGCGGCCGGGAGGCGCCUCGGAUCAAGUGGACCAAGGUGCGGGGGGCGUCGGGCCAGCGGCAGGACACCCCCAUCCUGGUGGCCAAGGACCAUGUGGUGCGCGUGGCCAAGGGCUGGCAGGGCCGCGUGUCGCUGCCCGCCUACCCCCGGCACCGGGCCAACGCCACGCUGCUGCUGGGGCCGCUGCGAGCCAGCGACUCGGGCCUCUACCGCUGCCAGGUGGUGCGGGGCCUGGACGACGAGCAGGACCUGGUGCCCCUGGAGGUGACAGGUGUCGUGUUUCACUAUCGGGCAGCGCAGGACCGCUAUGCUCUGACGUUCCCCGAGGCCUGGGAGGCCUGUCGUCUGAGCUCAGCCACCAUUGCAGCCCCACGUCACCUGCAGGCAGCCUUUGAGGACGGGCUGGACAACUGUGAUGCAGGCUGGCUCUCAGACCGCACUGUCCGAUACCCCAUCACACAGUCGAGACCCGGUUGCUAUGGCGACCGCAGCAGCCUCCCCGGGGUGCGCAGCUAUGGCAGGCGGGACCCUCACGAGCUCUAUGAUGUAUAUUGCUUUGCCCGGGAAUUGGGGGGUGAGGUCUUCUACGUGGGCCACGCUCACCGCCUGACCCUGGCCGGCGCGCGUGCCCAGUGCCGUCGCCAGGGGGCCACGCUGGCCUCGGUGGGGCAGCUGCACCUGGCCUGGCAUGAGGGCCUGGACCAGUGCGACCCGGGCUGGCUGGCGGAUGGCAGCGUGCGCUACCCGAUCCAGACCCCGCGCCGGCGCUGCGGAGGCCCAACCCCGGGCGUGCGCACCGUGUAUCGCUUCGCCAACCGCACGGGCUUCCCCUCGCCAGAAGCCCGCUUUGACGCUUACUGCUUCCGAGCACAUCACCCAGCACCACCACACGGAGACCCAGAGCCCCCCUCGUCUGGGGAUGAGGGGGAGAUGCUGUCUGCAGAAGGACCCUCAGCUCGAGAACUGGAGCCCAGCUUGACUCCAGUGGAGGAGGAGGAAGAAGAGGAAGAGGAAGGGGAAGAAGAGGAGGAGGAGGAGGAGGAAGAAGAGGAGGAGGUCACCCCUGACUUCCAGGAGCCUCUGGUGUCCAGUGGGGAGGAUCCUGUGAGGGUCCCUGAGAAUCAGGAGCCUCUCAGCACCCCCCAGCCCACACGUGGGGUCCCCACACUGACCUCCAGCCCUGCCCAGGAGGCCCCGGGCUUGUGGCCAAGCACUGUGGCCCCAGAGCCCAACAGUGUGGAGGCGGCAGAAGGCCUGGAGGCCACGCAGACCCCGGCCAGCCCCCCACCCAGGAAGAGGGGCCGCUUCCAGGGACUAAAUGGACGUCACUUUCAGUACCAAGACCCCCAUGAGGGGCAGGAGGGGGCGCAGGACGCUCCGGCCCCUGAGGCUGCUGGGAACCACGUGGAGCCCCCUCGGGCCACCGGAGCAACGUCCCAGGGUGGCCGGAGCAAAGGGCCCUGGGCUGUGCUGACCAACGAAGUGGAGGAGCCUGGUACAGGACCCGCAGGCGGCAGGAGCAUCCCUGAGCCCUGGCUCUGGCCCCCCACUGAAACUGCACCCAGCACCCAGGACCCCAGCAGGGUCCCCAACCUGGAUUCAGGGACCACCCAGGGCCCUAGUGAUCUGGCCACCCCUGGGCCUCCAUGGACCCCUUCGAUGGCUUCCACACCUGCUCCCAGUCCCUCAGACAGCCCCAGCCCUGCCCCUGAGGCAGCUCCUUCCCCAGACAUCCCGGUGGUGGCCAUGCUUCGUGCCCCCAAACUCUGGCCUCUUUCACGUCUUCCGUCCAUUACCACCGAGAUGCCGGGGGCAGAGGAACAGAGUGUGGCCUCCCCGGAAGCUCCAACAGCACCCCCUGCCUUGGACCCUGGGACUUCAGGCAGCCUUUCCCCGCAGCCCAACUCCAGCUCUGCAGAGGCGGUCAGUGGGAACACCACCCUGAUACCCCAUAGCACCCCCAGAGUUCCGGGGUCCCCCACACUCUUUUGGGCGGAUACAGAGACUCCAUCUGGGGCCAGUAUUAGCCCCCCAGAAGUGGACUCGGGGCAGGAGGAGGGACCCAGCCUCCCAGAUUCUCAGACUGUGCCGGAGCCGGUCUCCAGACAGGGUCAAGGGGUCACCAAGUCCCCAGGGUCCCCCAGCACUUCUGAACUUGUGCACCCCACGUCUCCAGUUCCCAUGAACAAGCACCCUUUACUGCCAGGCCUCAGCCUGCAGGACCUCCUGCACCCCAACUCGACCCCCUCGGACAGCCCUGGAAGGUCCUUGGUGCCUGGGGCCACCCCGCCUUUAGGGUCUUGGACCAUAGUUGCAGAGCCUACAAUGGGUGACAGUGAUGAGUUGGCGUCCCCCGGGGCUGCCAGCAGCUCUGAGCCCACCCAGUUUGUCCUGGGGGUCACAGACCCACCCACCAGCUCAUCCACCUGGUCCCUGGCCCCAAGUGAAACAGCUGGGGUUCCGACCACACCUGCACCUGCUGUCUCGAGUUCCCAAGUGCCUCUGGAGUCCGAGAGCCCCAGACCACAACCCCCAGAGGCAGAGGAGAUAGCAGAGGCUGUGGCCCCUCUGCCUGAAGGCAGCCCUGCCGGGGUGCCAGACCUCCUCCCUCUGGGGACCCCAAGUACAGCCAGCCUGGAGGAGUCCACGUUGACCUUCUCAGGGGACUCCCCCAGCACCCUGCCACCCGCCUCCCUGAGUCCUGGAGAUGGGGAGCUGGAGGUGCUGGCUGGGAGCCCUGGUUUGGAGGGCUUCUGGGAGGAGGCGGCCAGUGGUGAAGAGCCAGCCCUGCCGGGGACCCCCGCGAACAUCAGCCUUGAGGAGGCAGCACCCCCGGACCCGUGCGAGACCAGCCCCUGUCUGCACGGGGGCACUUGCGGUGCCAACGGGACCGUGUUCGGCUGCAGCUGCGUGCCCGGCUUCUCCGGGGAGAACUGCGAGAUCGACGUGGACGACUGCCUGUCCAGCCCCUGCGAGAAUGGUGGCACCUGCAUCGACGAGGUCAACGCCUUCACCUGCCUCUGCCUCCCCAGCUACGGGGGCAGCUUGUGCGAGAAAGACACCGAGGGCUGUGACCACGGCUGGCACAAGUUCCAAGGCCACUGCUACCGCUACUUCGCCCACCGGCGGGCGUGGGAGGACGCCGAGAGGGACUGUCGGCGCCGGGCCGGACACCUGGCCAGCGUCCACUCGGAGGAGGAGCACAGCUUCAUUAACAGCUUUGGUCGCGAGAACACUUGGAUCGGCCUCAACGACCGGAUCGUGGAGAGGGACUUCCAGUGGACAGACAACACGGCGCUGCAAUAUGAGAACUGGAGGGAGAGACAACCGGACAACUUCUUUGCGGGUGGGGAGGACUGUGUCGUUAUGGUAGCCCACGAGAGCGGCCGCUGGAAUGACGUGCCCUGCAACUACAAACUGCCUUAUGUAUGCGAGAAGGGCACAGUGCUGUGCGGGCCGCCCCCCGCCGUGGAGAACGCGUCCCCCGUGGGCGCGCGCAGGACCCAGUACCCGGUGCAGGCGGCCGUGCGCUACCGCUGCCGCCCGGGCUUCGUGCAGCGCCACGCGGCCGUGAUCCGCUGCCGCAGCGACGGCCGCUGGGACCCGCCCCAGAUCGUGUGCAGCCGGCCCAGACGGUCCCAUCGGAUGCGGCGUCACCACCACGGCCGCCACCCGCACCGCCACCCGCAUCGCCACCGCCAGCCCCGGACAGAGCGGAAGAAGCGCCGAGGGCGCCAGGCCGACGCCUCCUCCGAAUGGGAAACUGAGGCAGGCAACUUCUGCUGAGCCGGAGGAAGCGCCAGUCCGGGUCCCGAAGCAAGCACAAGGCCUCCCUCCUACGCGUGUUCUGGAACUUUCUUCCCCAGGGCACCCGGGACCCCGGAGAGCAAGCUGAGGCCCCGUUCCCACUUGGCAAACCUUUGUACAAAACUCCCCAAUUUUCCUUC